CAGGAUGCUAACUGAAGUCAUUGUUGGAUCAGCCCUGACUGAGGGGGAAUCACACUAGGCUGGGAGAGGUGUUCUGCCUCAGUUUCACUCACUGCUCUGGAAUCCUAGUAUGAGGCAAGGGGAAGGUUUCUGCAUAGAGGAGAGAUGGCUUUACACUGCACAUCAGCAAUCACGACAACAGUGACAGCCACCAUACUUGUUCUGACCACUCUUACUCUUCUGUCUACAGGGAAGAAAUUCCGAUGGUGCACUCUUUCUGACCUGGAGCAGAGGAAGUGCGCAGAACUAUCCAAAGUGCUUCUGAGUGUAUUGCCUCCUGCCACAAUCAGCUCCUUUGCCAGAGUUUCCUGCAUCAGAGCUCACAACACCCAUGACUGCAUUGAAAAGAUCCGGGUAAAUAAAGCAGAUGCUGCCUCCUUGGAUGCUGGAGAUGUUUAUUCUGCAGUAAAGCUUUUUGGCCUGACUGUGGUGGCAAAGGAAGUCUAUGUGGAAGGUACCUGCAUGUUUGCUGUAGCUGUUGCCAGACGAGGAACACUGAACAUCCAAAAGCUAAAAGGUACCCGUAGUUGCCACAAUGGAGCCAGGUGGACUUCAGGUUGGAAUGUCCCUUUGGGCUUCCUUCUAGCUAGAAAUGAUCUGGUAUGGGAUGAAGAUCAGCCCCUAAGCCAUGUGAUCAGUGGUUAUUUCGAUGCGAGCUGCGUCCCCGGCAUCGGAGUUACCACCCCUCAGCUUUGCAAUCUCUGCCAAGGACAGAAGUCUUACAUCUGGGAGAAGAACCACUUCUGUGAGUCCAGUGGUGAUGAACCCUUCUAUGCUUCAGAGGGAGCCUUCAGAUGCUUGAAGAGUGGGGUGGCAGAUGUUGCUUUCCUGGAUCACCUAACAAUAAUGAAUGCGACAGUAUCAGAACAAGAAGAAUAUGAGCUUCUGUGUCCUGAUGGGUCCACAGCACAUUUGAGUGCCUAUGCCACCUGCAACUUGGGCCAUGGUCCAGGACGUGCCAUUGUUACUCGCCAUAAUUUCCAGAAGAUCUCCAAGAAAUUUCUCACUUUGAUCCAGAACCUCUUUGGAAAGAAAGGGAAAGAAAAGGCCAGAUUUGAGCUCUUUGCUUCUGCACCGUUCAGUGGAAAGAACCUGCUAUUCCAUGAUGCUACUCAGUAUUUGCAGAUGAUCGAAGAGGAAGCUGAGCUCAGUCAAGUCCUUGGCUUGGAUUAUGUUGCUCUUCUCCAGGGUUUGGGACAUGAAGGGAGUUCCCUGUCCAACAGUCUGGUACGUUGGUGCUGCAUCAGCAAUGCUGAGCUCCAGAAAUGUGAGGAGUGGGCUCUGAAUGUCAAGUCUGACCCCCUGGUCUGUGUCCAAGCAGACUCGAUGAUCAACUGUAUUGAACUGAUCAAGAACAAUGGGGCAGAUGCUGUUUCACUGGAUGCCACACAUGCCUAUUUUGCCAAGAAGUGUGCGCUAGUUCCUGUCGCUGCAGAGUGCUACGGGCAGGAAUGCACAGAAGUUAGAAGAGAAGAGGAACCAGAGACACUGACCCCCCUUACAGCACUGCCUCCCAUCUACACAGUAGCCUUGGCAAAGAAGAAUGUGAAGCACAUAAACAUUCACAAUCUGGAGGGAAGGCGUUCUUGCCACAGCCAUAUGUACAGUCCAGGAGGAUGGCUACUUCUUUCUCGAUAUACUGUGGGGGCACUGGAGAAUGAGUUUCUCAACUGCAACAUCAGCUCUGCUUACCAGGAUUACUUUUGGAAGAGUUGCAUGCCAGGAGCCAAUGGGAACCUUUGUAAAGUCUGCAUUGGACAAAAGGAGAUGGAAGGAGGCAAGGGAUUGUCCAGGUGUGCUGCCAAUCAUAAUGAACGCUACUAUGGAAACAUGGGUGCACUCAGAUGUCUCCUUGGUGACGCCAGUGGGAGAAACUUUGGUGAUGUGGCCUUCUUGGAACAUCAUAACCUGCUCCAAAAUAUUGAGUACCUGGAUAACUCAGGAUGGGGAGCAAGAAACACUGCCAGUGACUUUGAACUCCUGUGCCUGGAUGGACAUCGUGCUGCACUAGAAGACUGGAAGGCUUGUAACUUGGGUCCUGUUCCUCCCAACAUAGUGGUGACACGCCCAGUGACCAUUAGAAAGGUCAAUGAUUUCCUGCGGCAAUCACAGGUGCCAAGCCUGGGCUCUACAUUUCAGCUCUUUCAGUCACAGCAGUAUGGAGAAAGUGACCUGCUCUUUAAAGAUGCCACUCGUUACCUUGUUCCCACAAGCCACUUGGAUUAUGAGGCAAUUCUUGGAGCAUCUUUCUCCCACCUUGCAGAGUCUGUCUUCAACUGCACACAUGCAGGUAUCUUUGACAUCUGCAAACAAGAUACUUGCACUUAUGCUCCCCCACACUGAAAACAUACUAUACUGGCUAAAGUAGGAAUGUGGCGUGAAGCUUCCCACAUUAACUUACACGAGGAUUUCUGGCCUAAAGCAGCUUGUCAAUGAUGUUUUCCAAAAAUACAAACUGGAUCUCUGUUAAAGGAUUUUUCUGGGGACCCCUUUUCUAAAACCCAUGUGUGAGCAUCAAUUCAAGCAAGACACGCACACAGGAAGCAAACUUGCUUUAGUGGCAAAUUCUUUCUCCUGCUUCGCUGAGAUUCAGCUGAGGGUUAGCCUAAACUCAUAACAAGUGAGAAAGUUUCUGGCAACUGUAAAAUCCUUUUGUUUCCAUUUCAUAACUAAGAUUUCAGCCUUGGAAGUGUUAUUUCCCAGAAGUAUUUUGAACUCAAGUAUGGCUCCAGCAUUUGUUUGUAUUAUAGUGAGAUCUGACUGACUUGUCACUCAAGCCUGUAUGGUGCCUUGUAUUCCGGGAACUGUAAUUCUGAAGAGAUGUUUGUAUUAACCCUGAUCUUUUAUUUUGUAAACAAUUAGUGCUAAGGUAUAUAAGAUUUUCUCAUGUCACUGUUAUUUAUGCAUAUGAGCUAGAGAGAGAAUAUGCACCUGAGCUUUAUUUGGAAAUAAUAAAACUCACAUUACUUUAUAGAUCACUAUUUGGCAUCUUAAUUGAUUGAGGGUAUUGGCUGAAAAGGAAAAUAAAUUGGCAAGCAGAGUACUUUGAAAUAAAUUCCCUUUCAGUCUCCUUUACCUCUGCCAGUCAGAAAUGAGGUUUCCAGUACAGGGAAUUAAAUUGUAGCUAUCUACAAAGGUCUUGGCAGGUAGCCUGAGUGUCUGCCCUGUUCAGUCAAAGAGACAGAACAUUUACUACCUGAUUUGCAUUAAGAAAUAAUGCCAUCAUCUUUAAAAUGGCUUCUAUUAGAAUAUAUGGGUUUCUCCACUGACCGUUGGCCACAGCAGCUGACAUAUUCUACUUUAUUUGGUGCCAAAUGAGUGAAAGUUCUAAUGGAACAGUAACAUUUUUUCUUCUGACACAUUCCAGAGGUAGUCCUGUUAGUUUGCUGCAGCCAGAACAACAAAGACUCUUCUGGUGCCCUAAUAAAUCUAUUGUGGUCAAAGUUUUAAUCAGUGAGAGUGUACUGUGUGAGUGCAUCUGACGAAGAGAGCUGUGGCUCUCGAAAGCUUAUGCUACAAUAGGUUAGUCUUCAAGGGGUUACUGGACUCUUAACUAUUUCUCAUACAUCAUAUGAAUCUGAUGAAAUAGGCUGCAGUUCACAGAAACUUGCAGUAUGUAAUUAAAUACAAUGUAUUUAUUAAUCUUCA